AUUUUAGAUGAUCUUCACCUCACUGCUGAUUUGCGCUAUUCUGGAAGCUUCAAUCGCUCUAAAUGUUCUUGUUUGGAAUCCCGCUAUAGCCCAUAGCCAUAUACGUUUUAUGGGUAAUAUAGCGGACAUAUUGGUCGACGAUGGACACAACGUGACAAUUGUAUCACCAAUAAUGGAUCCUCAUGUGAAUAUGGUCGGUCAUCGUUCACCGGCAGAACAAAUAACUCAUCGUUCGAAAUAUUACGACCCAAACGACUGGCCAUUGUCGAACUUCAAAGACAAAUUCUGGAAUGCCCCAAAGGUGGAAGGGCGCUGUAUGAAUCCAGAAGAUAUGGAUAAUUUUAUGGAAAUCAAUCAUAAAGUAUGCAAAGGAUUGUUGGAGGAUACAGUCUAUCUCAAUGCCCUCCGCGACCGUCAUUUUGAUAUCGCAAUUCACGAAAUUUACGAUUAUUGCGUAGUAGCUGUUCUUGAAAUGAUUGGCAUCAAAAACACCAUAGUGGUAUCGGCAGUGGGUGUCACUUCCCAUAUACAAGAUAUUGCAGGAUUUCCAACCAAUCCUAGUUUUGUUCCAGGCAUAUUCACGACAUAUAUUGAUGAGAUGUCGUUCUGGGAACGUUUGGAUAAUUUCAAAUUUGAAAUGGAAACGCGUAAUCGUAAGAUUUAUUGGGAAAAGGACAUCUGGAAACUGGCCAAUGAGAUUAGACCCGGUUUUCCAGCUUUGUCAACUUUGCUGCAGGAGAAAACUGGAGCCGUUUUAUUGAAUACCAAUGAAGUUACCGAGAGCCCCCGACCAACAGCUAAUAUACUGCGUUAUAUUGGGGGAGCCACGCUUCGUGAGCCGAAGAAGCUGGAUGCGGAACUUGAUGCCUUAUUGAACAAACGUCCUGAAACUGUCUUAUUCUCCUUGGGGUCAAUUUCUCUAUCAAAAGACAUGCCUAUGAGGUUGAAGCAAGAGAUAAUUGCUGCUUUUGCUUCAUUUCCUAACACAACAUUCAUAUGGAAGUACGAGGAGGAAAACGAUGCUAUACUCUUCAAAAAAUACCCAAAUAUAUACACUAUGAAGUGGGUACCUCAAACUGAUCUGCUUGCUGACAAGCGGCUGUCGCUUUUUAUCACACACGCUGGCAUGAAUUCUGUCCUGGAAGCGGUGUUCUCUGGCAAACCGAUGGUCACAAUUCCAUUAUUGUGGGACCAAGUCGCGAAUGCAAAGAAUGCGCAAAGCCGAGGUGUGGGUGUCAUGGUCGAUAAACAUGAUCUCAGAAGAGACACACUGGUUGCGGCUAUUCGAGCAACGCUGCCCGCCAAUGGCACUUACGCUCGCAAGGCAGCUAGCUUAGCGAGAUACCUUCACGGACGACCAGCUGCAGCUCGCGCGGAAAUAUCCCACUGGGUGAAACUGGUCGCUGAAGAGGGCCAGUUGGAUCAUCUAGUCCUGAAGUCUAGGGACAUGUCCUUCGUGACAUAUUAUUGUUUGGACAUUCUAGCCUAUCUGGCUGCUCAGUACAUAAUCAUCUCAUUUUUGAUAUUUAAGUUCUCGAAGUUCAUUUUUACACGAAUUUGUAGAGUAAUUAUUAGAGUCAAAUCUGAAUAA